AUGCCCAUGCGGUGGCUUUGGCCCUCACUGCAAUGGUUGCUGCGAAACAUCUCGGCAGCUCACUGCCCGCCCUGCCGCCCCAUGUGCGCAACUCCCUUUGCUGCACAAGCCACGAGCUAUGUCAGCCCACAUGAUGUCGUUGGCUCUGUGCUACAACAUCAGGGAGUGCGCCUCUUUCUAUGCAUCCUGACGUGCAUGGCAGCGCGUCGCGUCAUUGAUGGCGGAUGCUGGGUGUUGGGUGGUGGAAGGCGCCCAUCAUGUCGGGAGGUGAGAGGACCCAAGGAGGUGGGCUGGCGCGUAAAUUCCUCCCCCAUCCUCGUUGCCCAAUGUGACACCGCUCACUUUCGCCUCCCUGUCUUUCCACUCUGCCAUCCCCACCAGGCCUUGCUCGAAAUGUGUGCGCACACCUGCUCCAGGGAUGCUUGCAUGUCCCUUGAGGACGGGACCUCCACACAACUUGCAUCUCGCUUCUCACCCCACCAGGCAGAUGCAACGGGCCCUCUUUCACAUGAGUGCAGUGCAGCCAAGGCAGUGGGGUCGUGCAUGGCUCUCUCUCCUCUCGCCCUCCCCUACUCGCUUCCUGUUCACUCACUUCCAUUCCACCUUUCUCUCCACUCCUUCCACACAAGGCCCCUGGAUGGGGCCACAGUUUGUGCCAUCCACAAAAGCGAGAAUUCUCUCUCCCAUCUGCUAGCCGUAUUCGCCAGGCGAAAAGCCAAGGCCAGACUCCUCUCAAAGACAAUUCAAGGGUCGCAAUCUGCCACUGCUGCUUCCCAAGAGGGGCGGCCUGUAACAUGUUCCUUUCGUUCCUAA